AGUAUCAUUUGCAAGCUGUCACUCACUACUUCAGCAGUGUAGGUUUGUUUAAUUUGUGUAUUUUUUUUCCAUGCUCAUAGUCAUGGCUGCUUCAAGCUCUCUUUUGAGGAUGGAACAAAUACCUGGCAAAGGAAGAGGUCUUGUUGCAUCACAGCCUCUAAAAGCAGGUCAAAUAGUCCUCACUGAAUCCCCUCUCAUUCUCUACUCAGCUUCUCCUCUCCUCACACCCUCUUCUUCACCUUACACUUACUGUGACCAUUGUUUCAGAAUCUUACCUCUCACUCACAAUAGUACUACUGUCACGUGCCCUUCUUGCUCAAACCACAGUUUUUGUUCCCAGAAGUGCUUCUCCCUUGCACUCAAAUCCUCACACUCCACUUGGGUAUGCAAAGCACUCAUGUCUCUUCAACAACACCCCAAUUCAACACUUCUUCAACAACACCCCCAAGAACGCCAAGUCCAAGCCCGUUUAAUUGUUGCUUCUCACAAGCUCUUCCUUCACAAUCACACCCCUUCUGAGCUAGACACUUUUCUUUCUCUUCAUGGCACCCCAGAUGAUGCUAUUCUUGAUGCUGCUAACUUUCUUCACUCGCUAAUCUCACCACUUUUCCCACCUCAGGCUCAACUCUCUGUGGAUCUCAUUGCACAACUUCUUGCAAAGGACAGACUCAACUCCUUUGGCUUAAUGGACCCUUAUUCCCCUGAUGGCCCUCAGAGAUCUAUUAAGGCUUAUGCUAUUUACCCCAAAGCCACGUUCUUCAACCAUGACUGUGUUCCCAAUGCAUGCAGGUUUGACUAUGUGGACAGUACUAAUGAUGAUUAUGAACACAACAGUACUGACAUUGUUAUUAGGUUGAUUGAGGAUGUUGAUGAGGGGAAAGAGGUUUGCAUCAGCUAUUUCAGGAUUGGUAGGGACUAUUGUACAAGGAAAAGGAUCUUGAUGGAGGAUUAUGGGUUUACUUGUGGAUGUGAUAGGUGCAAGAUUGAAGCUAAUUGGGAUGGUGAAGAAAACAACAGUGACCUUCCACACGUGCGGUUUCUUAGCAAGUAUGUUUGUGAGAGGAAGAAUUGUGCGGGAACUAUGGCUCCUCUGCCUCCAAAAGAUGAUGUGCCAUCUAAUGUUCUGGAAUGUAACUUCUGUGGUAAUUUUAAGAUUGAUGCUGCUUAAUUGGCCUUUAACACCUAUCAGUUAUUAUAUUUCAUCUUUGGUAGAAAUAUAUAUGUUGAGGUUGCUCUUGUCUUUUAGCAUUGCCUAGAGAAAGUGAUAUUGCAAUUCUGUAUUUUACUUUGACUCUGAGAGUGGAGUCCUUGCAUGUUCUCAUUCACACCUCAGUUUGGUGGAUUUUGCGUGCAAUAUGGAAGAUGAAUUCAUGUUUUUUCAGCAACAAGCUCAGUUUCUGAGUCCAGUGUUGUUUAGUGAUGUUAUUGGAAUUCAGUUCCUCGUUAUGUUUUA